GUGUGCCUGAGUGAGUGUAUAUGAGCGAGGGGCGGGCGGGAGCUGGGCGGCGGGGAUGGCCGAGAAGCGGAGGGGCUCGCCGUGCAGCAUGCUAAGCCUUAAGGCGCACGCCUUCUCGGUGGAGGCGCUGAUCGGAGCCGAGAAGCAGCAACAGCUUCAAAAGAAGCGGCGGAAGCUGGGCGCGGAAGAGGCGGCGGGGGCUGUAGAUGACGGAGGCUGCAGCCGCGGCGGCGAAAAGGGUCCCCCUGAGGGAGACGAAGGCGCUGCGCUCCAGCUGCCAGCUGGGGCGGCAUCCGGGCCCGCCCGGAGCUGCGCAGACCUGGAGCUGAGUUGCGGCUCCCGCGGAGCUGCGGGAGGUUGUGAAGACGGUUUCCUUCAGGGCGCUUCCCCAUUGGCGUCUCCGGGAGACUCCCCGAAGGGCUCCCCGGCGCCCGCCCUGGCCAGGCCUGGGACCCCGCUACCCUCGCCGCAGGCCCCGCGGGUGGAUCUGCAGGGAGCUGAACUCUGGAAGCGCUUUCACGAGAUCGGCACCGAGAUGAUCAUCACCAAGGCGGGCAGGCGCAUGUUUCCAGCAAUGAGAGUGAAGAUCUCAGGAUUAGAUCCUCACCAGCAAUAUUACAUUGCCAUGGAUAUUGUGCCAGUGGACAACAAAAGAUACAGGUAUGUUUACCACAGCUCUAAAUGGAUGGUGGCAGGAAAUGCUGACUCCCCUGUGCCACCCCGUGUGUACAUUCAUCCUGACUCACCUGCCUCGGGGGAGACUUGGAUGAGACAGGUGAUCAGCUUCGACAAGCUAAAGCUCACCAACAAUGAACUGGAUGACCAAGGCCAUAUCAUCCUUCAUUCUAUGCACAAAUACCAACCACGCGUUCACGUCAUCCGUAAAGAUUGUGGAGAUGAUCUUUCUCCCAUCAAGCCUGUGCCAUCUGGGGAGGGAGUGAAGGCAUUCUCCUUUCCAGAAACUGUCUUCACGACUGUCACUGCCUAUCAGAAUCAGCAGAUUACUCGCCUGAAAAUAGAUAGGAACCCAUUUGCCAAAGGCUUCCGAGACUCUGGGCGUAACAGAAUGGGUCUGGAAGCGCUUGUGGAAUCGUAUGCAUUCUGGAGACCUUCACUACGGACUCUCACCUUUGAAGAUAUUCCUGGAAUUCCCAAACAAGGAAAUACAAGUUCCUCCACCUUACUCCAAGGUUCUGGGAAUGGCGUUCCUGCCACCCACCCUCAUCUUUUGUCUGGCUCCCCUUGCUCCUCUCCUGCUUUUCACCUGGGGCCCAACACCAGCCAGCUGUGUAGUCUGGCCCCGGCUGACUACUCUGCCUGCACCCGGUCCGGUCUCACCCUCAACCGAUACAGCACGUCCUUGGCGGAGACCUACAACAGGCUCACCAACCAGACCAGCGAGACCUUCGCCCCGCCCAGGACUCCCUCCUAUGUGGGAGUGAGUAGCACUGCCUCCGUGAACAUGUCCAUGGGUGGUGCUGAUGGGGACACCUUCAGCUGCCCACAGACCAGCCUGUCCAUGCAGAUUUCGGGGAUGUCCCCACAGCUCCAGUACAUCAUGCCUUCACCCUCCAGCAAUGCCUUUGCUGCUAACCAGACCCAUCAGGGUUCCUAUAACACUUUCAGGUUACACAGCCCCUGUGCCUUGUAUGGAUAUAACUUCUCCACAUCCCCCAAACUGGCUGCCAGUCCUGAGAAAAUUGUUUCUUCCCAAGGAAGUUUCUUGGGAUCCUCACCGAGUGGGACCAUGACCGAUCGGCAGAUGUUGCCCCCUGUGGAAGGAGUGCACCUGCUUAGCAGUGGGGGUCAGCAGAGUUUCUUUGACUCCAGGACCCUAGGAAGCUUAACUCUGUCAUCAUCUCAAGUGUCUGCACAUAUGGUUUGAUGAAGCCUUUAAGUUAAACUACAUUCGAAUCGAUCUAAUGUAUUUUCUUUCUUUGUUUUUCUUUUUCUUUUUUUGAAAGCGAUAUGAAAAGAAACUAUCAGU